AUGGUGAACCAGUUGAAAUGGAAUGGAGAGGUGUUGACCGACUCCAGAGUUAUUGAAAAGAUUCUGAGUUCGUUGACAGACGACUUCAAAAACGUGGUAUGUGCAAUUGAGGAGUCUAAGGACUUGGCUACGCUUUCUGUUGAAGAGCUAGCUGGUUCUCUUGAAGCGCAUGAGCAGCGCAAGAAGAAAAAGAAGGAGGAGUCUCUUGAGCAAGCACUCCAGACAAAAGCAACAAUUAAGGAUGAAAAGGUGUUGUACUAUCAGAAUGUCCGAGGUAGAGGUCGUGGACGAGGUGGACGUGGAAAUGGCCGAGGUGGUCGUGACCGAGAGUUGAGAACGGUGGAAGCCGAACAUGUCUCUUUUGGAGACGCGUCCAAAAUUGGUGUGAAAGGUCGUGGUACGGUCUGCUUUCUACAAAAGGAUGGACGGGUUGGAACAAUUCGGGAUGUGUACUAUGUGCCCGAGCUCAAAAGUAACAUUUUGAGCAUUGGACAGUUGACGGAGAAAGGAUACUCGGUUCUAAUGACAGACCGAGUUCUGCUAUUGAAAGAUAAACAAGGGCGUCUGAUAGCCCGAGUUCAGAUGAAAAAGAACAGAAUGUACAAGCUGAGUUUAAGGAGCGUGGAGGUCGGCUGUCUGCAAGCCGAGGUGGAGGAUAAGAUGUCUUUGUGGCAUCGACGGUUUGGACACCUUCAUUAUGGUGCUCUAGCCGAGCUGAUGAAGAAGAACAUGGUAGUGGGACUGCCAAAGAUAAAUUCUGAAAGAAAGUUCUGUGAAGACUGUAUGUUGGGAAAGCAUACAAGAAGCCUGUUCCAAAGGAUGGCAAGAUACCGGGAUCAGCAGCCUCUGGAGUUGAUACAUACUGACCUGUGUGGACCCAUAACUCCGGGGUCCUUUAGAGGAAAGAGACACUUUGUUUCGUUUAUUGAUGAUCUCAGUCAUAAGACUUGGGUAUAUUUUCUGAAGGAGAAGUCUGAGGUGCUAGAGGCCUUUAAGAGGUUUAAAGUGAUGAUAGAAAAUGCAACCGGGAGAUACAUCAAGUUGGUCCAUUCUGACCGAGGUGACGAGUACGUUUCAACAUCCUUUAAAAGUGUGAAUGAUAAAACCCCACAGGAAGCACUGAGUGGUCUAAAGCCAUCAGUGGCUCAUUUAAAGAUUUUUGGUAGUGUUGCGUAUGCACAUAUACCGGACCAGCUCAGAACGAAGCUUGAAGAUAAGAGUAAGAAGUUUGUGUUUAUUGGAUAUGAUGAGAAGACGAAGGGAUACAAAUUGAUAGAUCCCAUAAAUAAAAGGGUGUUGAAUAGUACAUCCGCGGUCAAUGUGGAACCCAGAAAUAUAUCAAUUGAGGUCAGACAACUUUUGACCCAUAUCCUGGCAAAUCCUGAAGUCUCUGAUGAUGAAGAAGAGCAGAGACAACCGAGAAUGAGAAGCUUGCAAGACUUGUAUGACUCAACUAACGAAGCACAUCUCGUUUACUUGUUAGCAAAUUCUGAGGAUUUGAGCUUUGAGGAUGCUGUCCAAAAUGAAAAAUGGCAAUGUGCCAUGGAAUAA